AUGGCGAUGGCGAUGGCAAAUCCUGAGGCAGUGCAUCCUUCUGCGGAACAACCAAAUGUGCUCUGCAAGAGAUGUAUGGAGUCUAAUGCUACACUUCAAAUUCGAUCAGAAUCAGUUUGCCAAAAAUGCUUCUCACAGUAUGUUAAAACAAAGGCAGUAAAGCGCAUGGAAACGUAUAAAGGCAAACGAUCUUCGAAAGUUCCACAAAAAUUAUUAUUACCACUUUCCUUUGGACCUUCGUCGUCAUGCCUGCUCCAUAUAUUAGAUGGCCACCUUCAAACCCAACAAGAGCGGAUGAACCGAGUUUCAUAUGAACUAUUCGUUGUGCAUAUCGAUCUUUACCUGGAUGAUGCGGACAGAGAAGCCUCUGCUGUUUUAUUGCAAAAAUACAAGAACCAAUACCCCAGGCAUUCUUAUUCAAGUUAUGGACUUCAGGAAGCAUUACAACUGGAAGGUAUUGAUUGGGCAUCUUUGGGAAUUACAGACGUUCCUACUCAGGGUACCAAAGCCUCAAGUUUGGAUCUGCAGAAUGUUGUCUCUACAAUGUCAUCUGCAACUUCCAGGGCCGAUAUUGUAUCUACGCUCUUAAAUAGACUCCUAGUGGAUGUCGCCAAAAGAAAUGAUUGCGAGAGCAUCUUGUUCGGUGAUACUACUACACGACUAGCAGAAAAGACGCUCACUGAAACAGCCAAGGGGCGUGGAUUCUCUCUGCCAUGGCAAGUCUCCGAUGGGCCAUCACCAUAUGGAUUGGGCUUCAAUUAUCCCUUACGAGAUAUCCUUAAAAAAGAAAUCAUGACAUUUUCCUCUUCAACGACACCUCUCCCGGAGCUAGUCGUGUACCAGGAGCCACCUUCUCAUAUAUCUGCUUCCUCCAAGUCGACAACGAUUGACGAUUUAAUGGCACAAUAUUUCGAAUCUGUCGAGGAGAAUUUCCCUAGUAUAGUUGCCAAUGUUGUUAGGACAUCGAGCAAAUUGAAACCUUCUACUGACCACGUAUCGAAGGGCUGUGGAAUCUGCGGACUCCCUGUUGCAGAGGGUACUGAUGGUAUUUACGGUUGGGGCGGGGAUCAAAAUCCAGAUUCAAGGCCAGUAAGGGAAGAUAUCAGUUCAAACACUGUUCUAUGCUAUGGAUGCUCAAGAUCUAUCAACGGAUGA